GUCCACACAAGAUCAAGUUCAUCCCAGAGAUGGUGGGUCCCAUCCUAGAGAUGACUCUGGUCCCAGAGAUAGAGCUGAGGAAAGCUACCAUCCCCAUCUUCUUCGACAUGAUGCAGUGUGAAUUCCACUUCACAUGCAGCUUCCAACGGUUUGAGAAUGAGAUCAUCACCAAACUGGAUCACGAGGUGGAGGGGGGCAGAGGAGACGAGCAGUACAAAGUCCUCUUCCACAAGAUUCUGUUGGAACACUGCAGGAAACACAAGUACCUGUCUAAGAGUGGGGAGAGCUUUGUGAACCUGGUGGUUCGUCUGUUGGAGAGGCUCCUGGACUACAGGACCAUCAUGCACGAUGAGAACAAGGAGAACCGGAUGAGCUGCACCGUCAACGUCCUGAACUUCUACAAGGAGAUAGAGAGAGAGGAGAUGUACAUCAGGUACCUGUACAAGCUGUGUGACCUCCACAAGGAGUGUGAUAACUACACUGAAGCUGCCUACACACUGCUGCUGCACGCUAAGCUGCUGAAGUGGUCUGAGGAGCCGUGUGCAGCUCACCUGACCCAGAGAGACGGCUACCAGGCCUCCACACAAGGACAACUCAAGGACCAGCUCUACCAGGAGAUCAUCAACUUCUUCGACAAGGGCAAGAUGUGGGAGGAAGCCAUCGUACUAGGAAAGGAGCUGGCAGACCAGUAUGAGAAUGAGAUGUUUGACUUUGAGCAGCUCAGUGCCUCCUUGAGGAAGCAGGCUCAGUUCUACGAGAACAUUGUGAAGGUGAUCCGGCCCAAGCCAGACUACUUCGCUGUGGGAUACUACGGAGUGGGCUUCCCUUCCUUCCUCAGGAACAAGAUGUUCAUCUAUAGGGGAAGGAGUCGAGAGAGGAGAGAGGACUUUGAGGCCAGACUUCUCACCCAGUUCCCCAACGCGGACAAGAUGAAGACGACCACGCCGCCCGGCGACGACAUCAAGACCUCUUCCUCACAGUGCAUCCAGUGUUUCACCGUCAAGCCUGUUCUAGAACUCCCUUCAAAGUUCCAGAACAAACCCGUCUCUGAGCAGAUCGUCAGCUUUUACAUGAUAAAUGAAGUGUAUCAGUUUCAGUACUCCAGACCGGUGAGGAAGGGAGAGAAGGACCCAGACAACGAGUUCUCGAACAUGUGGAUCGAGCGAACCACUUACACCACGGCCUACAAACUGCCUGGGAUCCUGAGAUGGUUCCACGUCAGGUCUGUCUCCACGGAGGAGAUCAGCCCAUUGGAGAAUGCCAUGGAGACGAUGCAACUGACCAAUGAGAAGAUCAGCAACAUGGUGCAGCGUCACCUGAAUGACUCCAACCUUCCCAUCAACCCCCUCUCCAUGCUGCUCAACGGCAUUGUGGACCCCGCUGUCAUGGGCGGUUUCACCAACUACGAGAAGGCAUUCUUCACAGAGAAGUACCAGGGGGAUCACCCUGAGGACCAGGAGAAACUGGACAAACUGAAAGACCUCAUCGCAUGGCAG